AUGGAUUUAAAUUCAAAUGCAAAUCCCAAUCCAAACCAGACAUCAAAUGCUGAGAUUGAUUCAAAUCCACUUGAUUUAAUUCCUUCUUGUAGUUCUCAAUCUAUUCCAACCGAUUCAAGCUUCAAUAUAAACUUUCAACCUAAUCCAAUCGACAAACCUAUCACAUCUACCACAAUGUCAACUAAUAUCAAUCCAGCUCAAUCAACUUCAGAUUACAAUUUCAUUUUACCUAAUUCAUUUUAUCCGUCAUGUUCUUCACCAAGAACAUCAACCACAACAACAGGUAGUAGUAGUAGUAGUUGUACAUCAAACUUGUUACCAUCCACUUCAUCAAAUCUGAUUGAAAAUUCGACCAAUUUGAUGUAUGAGAAUUGUAAGAGUUUGAUGAAUGGACAUCUAAACCCAUUAGAUUUAGAACCAUUAUCAACUUUUCAUCAUCAAACUAAUCAUCAACACUCCAAUCCUAUUAAUCAUUCAAAUGAGUUUUUUGAAUUUAAUUCUAAUCAUAAUAAUUUGAAUUUAUUAAAUGAUUCUUCUAUACCUCGUCAAGUUCAUUCAAACUUAUUAAUGAAUUAUCCGAAUGAGUUUUAUAAUAUUGAUCAAGAUGGAAAUUCAGCAAGUCUUACGAAUCUUAGUUUUUUAAAUGCAAGUUGUUUUGAUCCAUUGAUGAGUACUAACAACAAUGAAGAAAAUCAACAAACCCCAAGCACGAUGAAUUUCUUGAACACCGAUCCACUUUCACCUAUUGUAGAAGAAGGUCUCAUGAUGAGUCCGAAUGGAGUUGGCACUGGAACAGAUUGGACUUCGUUUGCUGUGAAUGCUGGUGGUGGUAGUAGUUCGCCAGUUUCGAUUGAUGAACAAUUCUUAGCACCACAACAAACGCCUGAGAGUAGAGGAUCGAUUUAUUUUUUUUCAUCUAGUCCUUCACAGAGACAAGAAAAUGGUGAUGAAGCAGAUGAUCCAUCGUUUUAUUCGAAUGUUUCAAAUCCAACCAAUCAUCCAACUCAUGAUUUCUUAAGACUUUCAAGUUCAUCUGAUCCGAUUCCGACUCAUGAAAUAAAUCCUCAUCAUUCACAAGAAAGUAUUAAUCCGAUCGAGUUACAUUCUUCUUCGAUCCAUUCGACUAAUUUAGAUCCUGGAAUGUUUUCUAACCAUCAUCCUCAUCCUCAUGCUGCACAUCAAUUCUUGAAUAAUUCAUUAAAUCGAAAUUGGUGGGAAGAAAACCAAUGUCCAUCUUCACCUUCACAAAUCGGAAUCACCACUCAACCAGAUUCAUCAAGUAGUAGUCAUCAUAGUAGAUUACAAUCAACAAGAAAAUCCAAAGGAUCAAACGAGAAAAGAGAUCGAACGAGUCUCGAAGGUUUAGAAGACAAACGAAUGAUGAAACGAAUCAGAUUCCAUGAUAGUUCAAGCGAAGAUCAUCAUAAACCGAUGAAAUCAUAUGAAAUGAAACCAGAAGAAAUGGAUUUCGAAAUGAUGCCUACGAAACGAUCGAGAGGUAGAAGACCACCUGUUUCACCUGAAGUCGGUUUACCCAUGUUGAUCGAUGGAAAUUUAGAUUUGAAAAAGUUGGGCAUGCAAGCUGUACCGGGUGGUCAAGCUUUUGAUCCUAGUUUGAAUCCUAAUUCAGAUGUGGUGAAGUUUUGUGAAUUAACAAAGACUGGGAAACCUAAGAAGAUCUUUGUUUGUCAAGUUAGAGGUUGUGGGAAAUGUUUUAAGGGUUUUGUGAUGAGUAUUCAUACGAAUCAUAAACCAUAUAAAUGUCCAUGGUUCACUUGUCAAAAAUCAUUUUCAAGACACGAUAAUCUAAAUCAACAUUUAAGGGUUCAUAGAUUAGAAGAAGGAGGUGAAAGGUUAAAUGGAUUACAUGUUUCUUCGGAUGGAAUGAUUCGAUCGGAUUUAGGUGAAGUUCAACUUGAUCCUAUCGAACUUGGUUUAAAGAAUGUAGAGAUUGAGAUUUGUUCGAUUGGGUUUUGA